AUGCGCUUGCCCCGUCUUCUGGCAUAUUGUGUCGCUCUCCUCGCCGCGGGCACUUCGGUCACGGCUGCCAACCCGGCGGGUAGUUGCGACGGCCCGAGGGCCGUCGCGGCGCAGCCCGACGAGUGGAAUCUUGACAGCGGCACGUGUGGAACCUCUCACCUUCGGAAACGCAAAGAUACCUUCUUCCUCCGUAUCAUGCCCCUCGGUGCCUCCAUCACCCAAGGCGAGUUCUCGUCGGAUGAGACCGGGUACCGUAAGAGUCUUCGCCAACAACUACGUUUUGAUGGCUGGGAGGUGAAUAUGGCUGGCAGCCGUCAUAGCGGAUCAAUGAGCGACAAUGAUCAUGAAGGCUGGCCCGGCUACAGAAUCGACCAGGUUUACAACAGAGCCAUGGCAUCUGUUCCCGCUUUCCUCCCCAAUCUCUUUACCAUUAACGUCGGGACAAACGAUGCUAUUCAAAACUAUGACGUCGGCUCUGCUGGUGAGCGUAUGUUGGCACUACUCAAGUACUUGCGGUCACAAGUACCAGAUGCCACUUUCAUCCUCUCAACACUCCUACCGCUCAGGUCCCAGCCGAACAACGCACGCUAUAUCAAUACGCAAUACCGCUCUCUAGUCACCCGCCUUCGGGGUGAGGGUUGGAAAAUCGUGCUUGCCGAGAUGGAUGAUGGCUUUAUUACACUAAAUGAGCUGCUAGAUGGGACUCACCCGAAUGAUGGUGGAUACAGGAAAAUGGCCCACCGGUUUUACUUGUCCAUUAGUGACGCCAUCAAAGCCGGUUACCUUGCCGCUCCGCAUUACGCUGGCUUCGAUGAUUCGGCUUCUGUCGCCACCCCAGCGUGUCACCGGACGAUAGGGAGGGUUUGGGGUUCCGCGAUGUUGGUGUUCGCCAUGUUGUCCUCGGGUAAGUUGUAUUUCUAG